AUGCUCUCCGCUUUCACCGCUCGGCCCAUCAUCGAGCUGAAGCAGCGCGACAAGUCCAAGAUCGAGACCAUCCUCGCAUAUGGCGACCGUGUGCUCGUCGGGUUGAACACAGGCGUGCUGCGGGUCUAUCGUCUCAACAGCCCUUCCCAACCCAACGGCGACGGCAACGGCAAUGCCUCCGCACCCAGCAAUGCACCCAGCGACGCCGACCGCCCAAAUCCGAACACCGGCUCCUCUGCCAAGCCGACAGUGCUUUUGCGCGAAGUCGACAAGUUUUCUACCCGCGCCAUCGAACAGCUCGCCAGAAUCAAGGAGGCCAACCUCAUCGUCUCCCUCUCUGCCUACCAUGUCUCUCUCUACGACCUGUCCACCUACGAACUGGUCGAAACUCUCGCGCGAACUAAAAACGCAACCUGCUUUGCUGUCACCAGCAACGUCGUCAAAGAUGCUGCCACAGGCAUCCCCGAGAUCAUAUCCAGGCUGGCAGUCGCUGUCAAGAGGAAGCUGCUGCUCUGGAGCUGGCAGGAGAGCGAGCUCAGCAACGAGGUCCAAGAGAUUGUUCUUCCCGAGUCCGUGCGCUCCGUCACCUGGUCUACAGCCACCCACAUGGUGUGUGGCAUGAAUGCCGGCUAUGUGCUCGUCGACGUGGAGACCUCGUCCAUCACGGAGAUAAACGGGUCGGGCGCCGCCGCCGCAGGUGGACAGGGCAGUCGCUUCGGAGCUGCCAGCAUGGGCUAUAUGGGGCUGGGCGGGUACAUGCCCAAGCCGCUCGCUACCAAGUUGGCAGAUGGCGAGAUGCUUCUUGCAAAGGAUGUCAGCUCGCUCUUCAUUGAUGCCGACGGAAAGCCCCUGGAGAAGCGACAGAUGCCCUGGCAGAGCGCCCCCGACAACAUUGGCUACAGCUAUCCAUACAUACUCGCCUUGCAGCCGCCAGCCAAGGGUGCACUCGACGUCUGGAAUCCCGAUACGCUGAGCCUGAUCCAGAACAUCAGCCUGCCAGGUGCCGCACAAAUGCACUUUCCGCCGCCCACCGUCAGUCUGGCGCACGCAGGCAAGGGCUUCCACGUGAGCAGCGACCGAGCUGUGUGGAAGAUGGAUGCCACCGACUAUGACUCACAAGUCACCGAGCUCAUCCAGCAGAACAAGUACGAUGAAGCAAUCAGCAUACUAGGGAUGCUCGAAGAUGCCUUGCUCAAGGACAAAGUUGGCACCAUGCGAGAAAUCAAGAUGCGCAAGGCCGAAAUGCUCUUCCGGGCCAAGAAGUACAGGCAAAGCAUGGACCUCUUCAAUGAGAAUGAUGUCCACGCACCUCCAGAAAGGGUUCUCAGGUUAUUCCCCAGGUCGAUAUCUGGUGAUCUGUCGGAAGAGCCGGUCCAGGAGGAGUCUGUCUCGGAGUCGGAGCCAGAAACACAAGAGGCAGAAGAGGCGGAGCAUCCCGAGCACGGCAGUACUGAUGACGACAAGCCAACUGCCUCAGCAGGGCGUGGUGGCGGGUUCUCGAGAUACUGGCCGUUGGGCGGAGGAGCGAAGAAAGCCGACUCGGAUACUGCUUCUAUUGCUUCCAAGAAAGGUCCAAGUACAGCUGAUAAGGAUGCUGAUACCGCAAGCGUCAAGGCACCCAAAACCGAGCCCGCCCCCGUUGUGCCCAAGAGCACUACUCUGGAAGGCAAAGACUUGAUGGAAGCUGUUGCAGAGCUCAAGUUCUUCCUCUCCGGAACCCGACCUCGACUUCAACGAGUGCUAGACCCUGAGACGGGAAAAUUGAGGCGUCAAACCUCGGGACUAUCUGAUACGCAAACCACCGAAUCAUCCGAGGACCCCUCCAAGGGCGCCAGUCUUGAUGCGUCAUUUCUCAUCGAUACGUCAAAGCUAGAUUCAGAGCAGGAACUCGAGGAUUCCAUUAGAGAAACUUUCACCCUGGUAGACACCACGUUGUUCCGUGUCUAUAUGCUGUCACAGCCCAACUUGGCCAGCCACCUGUUCCGCAUCCCGAAUUUUUGCGACCCUAAAGUUGUCAACGAAAAGCUGCUGCAGACAAACCGGUAUAGUGAACUGGUUGAGUUCUUCUACGGCAAGAAGCUGCAUCGUGAGGCAUUGACGCUCCUCAGGAGGUUUGGCACCGCAGAUGAGCAGGACCAGGAGAAGAAGACGGGAAUCAUGAACUGGCUGAAGCCGAAGCGAGGCGGGACCGGUGAUAAAGAGCACGAGAACGAAGGGAUACCAUCUCAACUUCGCGGCACGCGACGCACGGUUUUGUAUCUCCAGUCGUUACCACCGGAUCUUGUCGAUCUUAUCCUGGAGUUCUCCGAAUGGGUUCUUCGAAGAGAGCCGGACUCCGGCAUGGAGGUUUUCCUGGCGGACUCUGAGAAUGCCGAAACGCUGCCGCGAGACCGCGUUGUCCACUUCCUGGCUGGUAUCGACGAGAAGUUGGAGCUCAAAUAUCUCGAACAUAUCAUUGAGGAACUUGAUGAUGCCACACCCGACUUUCACAAUCGCGUCGUCGACUUGCGUGUCGAGAUGCUGAAAGAGAUGAAACAAGAUGAUGCAGCGAGAACCGAAGCGUCGGAGAAGUUGGUGCACUUCCUCCGGGAGAGUUCGCAGUACAGCCUGGGCCAAGCUCACAGGCUGAUUCCGAGAGACGACCCUGUCUUUUACGAGGCAUCAGCAAUCGUUUUUAGCAACAUGGGCAACGAUAAGCAGGCACUUGAGAUAUACGUCUUUAAGAUGCAGGACUAUGCCAAAGCUGAGGACUACUGCAAUCGUAUUCAGAAGUCACGGCAGGACUCAUCGCAGACGUCACCGACUACACAAACGGAGGAGCCCUUGGACCAGGACGACCCCGAUUCGCACCCUUCGAUAUACCAUGUCCUUCUCAGUCUGUACCUCACGCCACCAAAGCCAUAUCAGUCGAACCUGGCCCCUGCACUAGACCUCUUAUCGAAACACGGCUCCCGCCUUCCGGCGUCUUCGUCGCUGUCUCUGGUUCCUGAUGAUCUGCCGGUCAGGGCGUUGGAGUCCUACUUCAGCGGCCGCAUCCGUGCGGCAAACUCGAGACUGGCCGAGAGUCGGGUCGUGGAAGGUCUGCGCAAGACGUUGCUGGUCGACACACAAGCGCUCCUCCUGCUCGGCGACGGCAUGCCUGGCGGGCAAGGUGGGCGAAAUAGAAGAGUUGUCGUGGGCGAAGAGCGGAUUUGCGGAACGUGCCACAAGAGGCUGGGUAACACGGUCGUCGCCGUCCUGCCCGACAACAGCGUCGUCCAUUAUGGCUGUCUCAACAAGGGCAGCGGGCAGAGAAAGGCUAGUAUAAGUGGUGGACGGGUGGUCGCAGGGGCCUGGGGUCGUGCCUCGUAG